GUGACCCGGAAGUCCAUGUGAUGUUGUCUUUGUUGUGUUCAGCGGCUUCAGCACACAUAAUGACGGCUUCAGAUCUGUCAUUCAAUCUGUGACAGCAAGUGAUUGACACAACCUUUGACCUCUGACCCAGACAGCACAUGAACCCGCUUGAACUGGAUCACAUUACUCUGAAUCGAUGUUCUCUGAUGAACUUGAUUCCAAACCCGAGCUGCUGGUUGAGUUUGUUCAGAACGCCUCCAUACCGUUGGGUCAGAGCCUGGAGGAAUCCGACACCAAACCCUCUUGUGUCCCUCUGCUCUCCCCCUCACAGAACUCCUUAUGCAGCCCGUUAGAACGUCCAGAGAGUGCUCUUAGUCAUGCGGCAUCCACAUCGCUGGCAGAGUUCAGACCCGAGCGCAGUCCACUGGUGGUGCAGCUGCAGUCUUCCUCCCCCCCGACACAAACCCCGUCCACCAUCAUACACGAGCUCCAGAACCACGACAGCUCCUCAUACGUCCUGCUAAACCUCGCCAAAGGAUUGACGUCUUCAUCAGAGCCGCUGGUGUUUGUACAGGAUGAUGUUGAUGAAGCAGAAGAGGAGAUCUGCGCGGAUGGCAGCGCGCCGUGGUACCUGCGUGUGCAGGAGCUAGCACACGACAGUCUGAUCGCUGCUACACGGGCACAGCUCGCGAAAGAUGCCCGCGCCAGCUGUGACAGUGAACACAUUCACAGCUGUCAAUCAGAGGUGCCGAAAAAAGAGCCGCUGCCUCGAGCCAGUCGUACGCCUUCAGAUAAAACGCUCCGAUGUCCUUAUGAAAACUGCCACAGGACAUUCACCUAUCCAGCUCACCGCAAAUACCACUUAAAAACACACAGGAAUGACCGCACGUUCCGCUGUGGAGCAGAAGGGUGUGAAAAGAGUUUUUACGUGCUGCAGCGGCUGCAGGUGCACAUGAGAACUCACAACGGCGACAAACCCUUCAUCUGCACCGAGAAGAACUGCGGCAAGAAGUUCACCACCGCCGGCAACCUGAAGAACCACAAACGCACGCAUACCGGUGAAAAACCCUUCCUUUGUGAGGUGGACAGCUGCGGUCGCUCCUUCGCAGAAUACUCCAGUCUGCGCAAACACAUGCUCGUUCACUCCGGUGAGAAGCCUCACGUGUGCUCGAUCUGCGGUAAAACUUUCUCUCAGAGCGGCAGCAGAAACGUCCACAUGAAAAAGAGACACGGCGAGGACGCAGCGCCCGCCCCUGACAGCAGAGACAUGGGUGAGGCGCUCACUCACAGCAGCUUGUUGGAGGCGGACGGCGGCGGCGGCGACUCGAUAGUGAACAUGAACGCAGUAGAGUCCAUGCAUUUACAUCACGCCAUGUUGAGAACACAAGGUCCGUCAGAUCCCGCAGUCGUCCUGCCGCCCCCUCACGACCUGGUUACCAUGACAACAGGACACGCGUACAGCGACGAUGUGGUUGCACUGCUGUAGUUGUUGUUUUUGUAAAUAAACUGUUUUAGGAAACAAAUACUUUUACGCCUUUAAGUUUACAUUGAACAGACAUAAAUGUAUCAUUUUUCCUAAUAAAAAAUCUUGAAUAAUAGUUAUAGAAGAGUUAUCACUGUCAAACUACAGCAUAUGACUCGUGUCGUAAUGAUUUAAACGUGCAGCACGUUAGAAAGAUGUUGCGAAUGGUUCCAGCAAUGUAAACGGUACGACACAGCGCAUCAAUUUACAAAAUAAUCUUCUGUUGCAGUAUUGACGUGUCAGAUGUAAACGCAUCUUCCGAACAAGACAACAUAAGGUAAUAUAAUUAUUACAGCUUCCACGAGCUCAUUAGAAAUGUGCGGAGACAUUUUAUUUUCUAUUGGACACUCAAAUGAGAAGCAUUUUCAAAGUGCAGUGUUAUUUUUACUUCCGGAGACAUAAAACAGCACCAUCAUACACAGAGCUCAUAUUCACCCCCAAAACCAAGAGGAAAAAAUAACUAAAAUACUCUAUUUAAUAGGACCGUAUUACAGUAAUUAGAAUGAAAUAAAAGAAAAUAAAGCCCCCAGACACAUUAUGGUUCUGUAAAUUUGGUAGAAAAUGGGCUUUAAAACUCUUAAUGAUCUUCAUUUUCUUCAUCCAAAUUAUUUUGAUUUUGGGGUGAAAUGUACGGAGCCCCUCAAGUGCUUAUUUCUUUUUCCUGAAAUAGUUUGUGUUCCCUCGCAAUACAUUUACCAAGAGUUGUAUAUGUUAACAGUUAAUGUACUAUGAACUAACAUUAACCAUUACAUUAUUUUAUUUUUAUAAACAGUGAUUAAUAAAUAACAAAAAAAUAUUUUGUUCAUUAGAAAUUAAUGAUACCUAAAGCAUUUACUAAUGUUUACAAAUGUAACCUUAUAAUAAAAUUAGGGAUGCACCGAAAUUUCGGCCGCCGAAAAUAUUCGGCCGAAAAUGGCACUUUCGGUUUUCGGCCGAAAGAGAAAAAAGGCCGAAAAUAUGAGCCGAAAAUAUAUACCUCCUCGCCCCUCAGUCCUCAGAUUUCACUCUGGAUCAAUCUAGCCCUUAUCACAGCGCUACCAAACAAAGGCCGAUCAUGUCAGCGGUGUGGAAAUUCUUCAAAGUUUCUGAUAAGGACAUCAAAUUUGCGAUCUGCAGUGUUUAUUCAGCAGAACUUUCAAGAGAUAUAUAUACAGAAUACAGCAAGAGAUUCUACAGGAAAGUGUCACAACUAGCGCUGCUACACCACAACUUGAGACGUAUCUAGCUGAACUACGCCAGAAGCGACAAUCCCCUUGACUACGGGCGCAUAAACGAUCCCCUUGACUACGGUCGCAUAAACAAUCCCCUUGACUACGGGCGCAUAAACAAUCCCCUUGACUACGGUCGCAUAAACAAUCCCCUUGACUACGGGCGCAUAAACAAUCCCCUUGACUACGGGCGCAUAAACAAUCCCCUUGACUACGGGCGCAUAAACAAACCCCUUGACUACGGGCGCAUAAACAAUCCCCUUGACUACGGGCGCAUAAACAAAGACCGCUUUCCUUUGCUUGCGCGGAUUGCGCGCAGGUAUUUAUCUGCCCAAGCACCAGCACAGAGAGUGAGAGACUGUUCAGAGCAGCAUCUCAUGUUCUUGAUGAGCUUCUGACAGGAGAGACUGUCAGACCGUUUAGCAACUUCUGUUCUUGAAGAGAAACCUGUCACUUGUACUUAAAUAGAAAGCGGUCCAAUAUGAUGUGUAUAGCAAUUACAUUACACUUGUUCUUCACUCGAGGAUACAUCAGUCGUUUACAGUUGAGGUUGAGUUCAGUUACUGCUGUUUUGCACAAUAAUGUUCACUUAAAGUGUACAUACGGUUACAUAAACAGAAUAGAGCACUGAUCUAUAUAUAUAUAUAUAAUUAUAUAUUAUAGUUAUAGAUCAGUGGAAUAGAGGCCCUCUGCCA